CAAUAAUCCCUUGGCCAUCUGUUACGGUAGAUGUGGUCCAUCAACACCUACAACCACGCAAAAUCUCCAAUGAAGAAACAAAAACAUAAUUGAUAUUUCAAUUUGGUAAUGAAGGAGAUGCCAUGCCACCUCAUUCCAUGAUCUAUCUAAUAUCUCUGCCACUAUCCUCAAGCACACGUGACACCUAUACAUUGGAUGGAACUCACACCUCACUACAUUUCAGCCGAGCCAGAUUUUUCUGCUGCUCCUGGCAAACUUGCAAGUGUAAAGAGAGGAAGAAGACGAAGUGAAUGAAGCUUGGAAGCUUCUGUGUAGUCGUCUCUUGGUCUCUAUUAAACAAAAAAAUGGCUCUAAGCCCAAACAAAACAAAUGAUAAAUAUAGACUAAAUACUGGACUUGAGAAUUAAACUAGCAGUAACCUACAGUCCAAAAGCCCACACGAAUUCAAUUGCUUUGAAUUGAUUUCGGCUGCAGAGACAAAAGCUCUAUGUUUAACUUGCAAACCCAGAACCCGUGGGUCGACCCGUGGGGUGUGUCACAUGUGGCAGAUGACAUGGCGCCAACAAGGUGGCAACAUACCGGCUGCACAUGUGGCGUGUAUGGAAGACUAGUAGCAUAGAGAUGCUCCUAGGAUUCUCCACCUAAAUGAGAGCUUAAUGGUGCACUUAUGAGUCACAUAAUGGGUGACAUUUAUAGAGUGCAUAAUGGGGGGACUUAAUGGGUGUAUUGAUGUAGUAGAGGGACAUUAUGAGGGGCAUUGAUGCCUUGUAUGAGGAGAGGCCUAUAUAAGGAGCCAUCUCCCUCACUCUUAACUCAUCCAUCAUUUUUGUGAGCAAUACAACUAUAGAGUUUCUCCCAUCUUCUUGUGUCUUGUUCUUGUGAGUUGAGUGAGUUUGAGAGCUUGUGAGAAGGCUGCCUAGUAUCUCUAACGGAAUUGAGAGCUAGGGCCGUACGACCAAGAGUAAGGCCGUGACAGUUGGUAUCAGAGCCUGGUUCUGAAAGAAGAACCGGUGUCCUCACUCCUCAAGAAGGAAGAUAAGAAAGAGCGAGAGCCUCACCAAAGAUGACUGGAUCAGAAGUCCAUGACGAUGCGGAGAAGCACCGUGGACGGGAUACCGUGAAGAAUCCCAAGGCAAAGGGUGACAAGUCAAGCACUCGUGAUCCUAUGACGUCUCUAGAGAGGCGUGUCUCUAGAGUGGAGGUGAAGUUGGCGGAAGAUCUCACCGCCAUCGAGGAUUUGGGAGCUAACUUCGCCCAAGUCGAAAGCGAUUGUCAAGGUAUGAAUGCUCGUUUGUCGAGCUUGGAGAUUGGUCAUGAUGGCAUACGAGAAGAGCUUGUGGCCCUCAUCAACAACACCAUCAACACAUCCUUGAACAACGCCAUUGAAGUUGUCAAAGAACAUGUCCAGGCUGAGCUGGUCGACGUGAAGGAGGAGAUUGCAGACCUCAAGAGUGAGGUCACUCUCGUGAAGAGAGCCAUGGCUAACGGACCUGCCAUUGCACAACCUACCUCAACCAUGGAGGUUCCUAGACCAAAGAGCUUUCAAGGGUCGAGGAAUGCAAGGGAGUUAGAGAACUUCCUAUGGAGCUUGGAGCAAUACUUCGAAGCUUCGGGUAUUCGAGAUGAGAAUACCAAGGUAAAAACUGCACCUCUUUACUUGAGUGAUGUUGCCAUGCUGUGGUGGAGAAGGACCCAAGGCGAUAUCAAUAAAGGGGCGUGCGUGAUGGAGUCAUGGGAUGACUUCAAGAGGGAGAUCAAGAGGCAAUUCUACCCAGAGAAUGUUGAGUUUGAAGCCCGGUCGAGACUAAGGAGGCUUGCUCACGAAGGAGAGAUUCGAGGGUAUGUGAAAGAGUUUUCUGAAUUGUUGCUCGAGAUCCCCGACUACACCGACAAGGAGGCCAUGUUCACCUUCCUUGACGGCCUCCAACCAUGGGCGAAGUUGGAGCUACAACGGCGAGGCGUGCAAAGUCUUGCCGAGGCAAUGGCGAUUGUCGAGUCCCUAGUCGAGUACCACGAGCCGGAGGAACGUGCGGAGUUCGGAGGCAAUGGAGGUGGACGCGACUAUGAUAGAGACACACGAAGGCGUGGUAGACCGGACCAAGGAGGUAGUCAUAAGGUUGAGAAACCACUUACUUGCUUUCUUUGUGAUGGUCCACACCGUGUGAGAGAUUGCCCAAGAAAGCACAAGUUGUCGGCAAUGAAGGCCGUACUGGCAGAGUGCUCGAGCUCGGAAGAGGAAGCAGAGGAGGCUCCAAGAGUGGAGCCCCAUGUCGCGAAGAUCGGUUGCAUGAAGAGAUUGAGCGCCAUCAAGCGGGCGGAAGAGCCUCUCCAACCCGAGCAGCACGGCCAAUGCUUCGUAGAGGCGAAGCUCAACCAAAGGAAAACAAAAGCUUUGGUUGAUACUGGGGCAAGUUGCAACCUUCUUGACGUAGGUGAAGCGCAGAGGCUAGGCAUCACGUACGAGAAGAAGCAAAGAGGGUGGAUGAAAGCUACCAACUCAAGGGCCACAAGAACUCAUGGAGUAGCGCGCCAGGUGCCACUCAAGCUUGGAGGAUGGACCGGGGUGGCAGACUUUGAGGUUGUGUCGUUGGAUGAUUAUCAGGUCAUCAUCGGCAUGGAAUUCAUGGUGCGGGAGAAAGCUUUCCCGAUUCCCUACGCCAAUAGAUUCUGCAUCAAUGGCAGAGCAAGAUCGGUUCCCAUGACAAGAGAGCAACUCGAGUCAAACAAGAGGUGUUUGGCAAGGCAAGAGCAGCGAGAAGUGGCAACGAUGGUGGAGGCAGAGACUCACUCGAAGACUCGUUGGAGAAGGACGAGAAGGAGGAGUGCACAACAUCGUGGAGCCAUGAGAGACGAGGAUGUAUCAUCUUCGACUUGCCAAGAGAAGCAAGGAAAGGCCACCAUGAUCGAGAAGGCGGGACACUCAAAGACGCGACAGAGAAGACCGCGGAGGAGUGAGCAACAUCAUGGGAGCACAAGCCUCGAGAGCGAGCCAAGGCCAUCCUUGGUUUGGAGGAAGGUGCAACGAGACCUUGCAAGCAAUGAAGCUAAGGCAAGGGAGGCGUCUGCCAAAGAGCCACGAUGAGGGCGUCGUGGAUUGAGUGGAGGAGAAUGUCACCAACGAGGCUCAAGAGUCGAAAGAGGCUGCUCGAGGUCGAAGGAGGCAUUUCGUAGCAAGGACGCGACGAGGGCGUCGCGAGCAUAGGUGGGGGAGGAUGUCACAUGUGGCAGAUGACAUGGCGCCAACAAGGUGACAACAUGGCGGCUGCACAUGUGGCGUGUAUGGAAGACUAGUAGCAUAGAGAUGCUCCUCGGAUUCUCCACCUAAAUGAGAGCUUAAUGGUGCACUUAUGAGUCACAUAAUGGGUGACAUUUAUAGAGUGCAUAAUGGGGUGACUUAAUGGGUGUAUUGAUGUAGUAGAGGGACAUUAUGAGGGGCAUUGAUGCCUUGUAUGAGGAGAGGCCUAUAUAAGGAGCCAUCUCCCUCACUUGUAACUCAUCCAUCAUUUUUGUGAGCAAUACAACUAUAGAGUUUCU